AUGAAAAGAAGAAGAAGUGAUAAUGGAAGAGAUAAUGGAAGAGAUACUACAACUAUUCAAUCAUGGGAGGAGUUUUACCGAACUAUUAAUAGUCCUCUUUACCCUGGCUAUAAUAUGGAUCCCUGUUAUGAAACACAUGAAAAGGAGAUCAUAACAUAUCAACAAGAUGGAGAUGAUCGACACAAAGUUAACUUCCUCUACUACUCUAGAGAGUACCAGACAUCAUUAUUUCGAUCAUUUGCCGAUCAUCCUACAAUACGUCGAAUCAGUGAAAUAGCAUCGACAACAAUCAGAGAUCGCAACCAAAUCAGAGACGUGCAAAGAUCUGGAUCAUCAAAUUACCAGUUAGAUCAACUCUUUACCGAUACUAUAACCAUUUCAACUGAAUUUAGAUCUCUAUGUGUUAUCUUUGGAUUAUUACCUUUUUGUAAAAAUAAUGAAGAUUUGGAUGUAUCAAUAUUAAGACUAGUUGAUUUGACUCGUCAAUCAGGUGAAUGGUCGUAUCCAGAAGAACUGAUUGUAUCGUAUGGUCUGGCAUUACACCUCUUAUCAAACUAUAAUUCUCAAUUGGUUGAUAUUCUCAGACACGAACAAUCAAAUGAAUUCAAGGUGAUUCAAAGAGCUACUUAUAUAUUAUUAAAAGGUAUUGGUCGUAAAAAUAUUGAUCGUACCUUGUCACUAGAGGUAGAAGAAAAAGAACAAGCUUGCAAGAUAAUACGUCUAACUCAACCAAUCAGUCUAAUCCCUCAACCUUUAAUACGAAGAUACUACAAAUUUUGGUCAGAUUAUAAUGAAGAUAUUCCAUACUUGGGUAGUGGUAUAUCAUUUUGGUUUAUUUUCUUAUUGAUUGAUUACUUUUUGCCGUUGGGUGAACAGACUGGUAAAUCAAUCAUGGCAACUAUUUUCUUGUUUGGUCUUUACUCAACAUUGGAAAUCAUUCUUUGGACAAUCAAUAAUAUUGCCAGAAAUUUAAGAAAAAGAGAAACAACCAAAAAGACAUGUAAAAUACAAGCGGUAGUCGUUAUUAUGGCAGAGGCGUGUAUCAUUAAUAAUAUUAUUAAUCAUGGCACUGACCCAGUCUCACCAUUUCACAGCUCUAGAUCAGAGAGAGAAACAUAUUUAUUAACUUCAUUCGAAUGCAUUGCAAAUAAUAGUAAUAAUAAUAAUCGUUAUGUCGUACCAUCAUACCUGUUAUGUGUAUUUGGAUAUAGAUUAUACAAAAUUAAUAAGUCUAUGCUUGUACCUAGAGACAUUGAUGGUGAAAGUCAAGUAGAACAAUUUGCUACGUUGUUGGAGAACAAUGAUACAAUGAAGAGUACUCUACAGGCACUCUAUUACAUCUGUGGAAACAACGAUCCAAUGUGUAAAAGGUUAGCACAUCCUCGUCUUGUCAAAGCUUUGAUUGACGCCUCUCGACUAGUCACUUUAUGCAGAUUUACAACAGUGACAACAAAUAUUUAUAGUACCAACCCAAAGACACGAGACAAGGCUAUUGAACAACUAUUCUAUGACAUUCUAACGUCUGAUGAAAAAUACAACAUGUUUACCAUCUCUUCCCUAUUACCUUAUCUUGAAAUUGAUGAUAUACCAAUGGAUGAAUUAAUGGGGUAUUGCGAACUGGGAUUUCCAAUUCAAAUUCUAGUUGCAGAGUUGUUGUCCAAAUAUUUAGUAUCGGAAUAUAAUAACCGUCGCUUGUCAAUACUUUAUUUCAAUACUCCACUCCUUGCUAGUAUGUUUCUAGGAUUGAUUUGGUUUGAACAAAAGAAUGAAUGUUCUGUGAUUAAAAAGGCGGCUGUUAUCAUGUUUAAUCAUGUUGGUAAAGAAUUAAUUGAUAAUACCGAUUUAUUGGAUGACAAUGAAAAGAUGGCAGCUUACAGUCUGUUGAAAGAGGGUUGGUGGACCAACAAUCAACUAUCAAAAUCCAUCAACAAGAUAUUGGUAAAAAACGAAUUGUUUGUUCAAGAUUUGACUGCCAACACAUUGAUUUGGUUUGGUUGUGGUAUGGUAUGUGGUUGGAGACAACUAGGUGGAGGUGGAGGUGGAGCUGGAUCAAUCAAAUAUAUUGUAGGUAUGGGAUUAGGGUACGCCGCUGCAGAGAUUACACGAUCAAUUGUCAAAUACUCAAUUGAUGAGCGACGAAAGAGCAAUGUCAACCAUUUAACAACUGUUCUCCUUGCUGCCAUUAGCGUACCAUCUUCUUACAUGUACAUCUCGAUGCUCAAGAUAUCACCCAUUCCAGUUCUACUCUUACACCUUGGUAGAUAUCUCUAUACCACCUAUCAGAAAGGAAUACAAUACAGAAAGGUACAAACACAUUUACAAAACAAUGAAUUGAUGGACCAUUACAAACAAAAGAUCAUAAAUGUUAGUUCAGAAUUCAAAGGUUCAAAGCUUGAAAAAUAA